AUGGAGUUCCCUGCUUCUAUGGAGAGUAAUUUGAGAGAUGGGCUAAAGAUCGAAAGGAUGUCAAAGCCCUCCCAAAAUGAUGUUUUUGAGUUCUGUGGCCCUCUCUACCUCAACAACGUAAAUUGUCUCAUUUUACUGGGGAAUACCGAACAUAGAAGAUCGGUUGCAGCUAGUUUGGUUCAAGGAGUGUAUGUUGCGGAAUUUGAUCGCCAACAAAAGAGAGAAGGGUACGAUGUUUUAGCACCAAUAUGGUGGGAGUUUUUUCAUUUCAAAUGCAUCCAAGCCCUUGAAGAUAAAACUGAUUCCUCCAUUUUUGGGGCCAUAUUUGAGUACAAACAUGCAAUCCCAAAUCGCCUAAACUCAACCCAAGAUAUACCCCCAAGAUAUGUGAUUGCUUUACGAGGAACAAUCAUCAAGCCAAAAACCGGGUUACAAGAUUGUUAUUUGGAUGCAAAGAUCAUCCUACACGAGUUAAAAUGUAGCUCCCGGUACGAAAUUGCGUUACACGUAGUAGAGGACUUACUAAGCGUAACGGACCCUAAAGAUGUUUGGUUAACCGGGCAUUCUUUAGGCGCGGCUAUGACAUUACAAGCAGAAAAAGACAUGGCUAAAAGAGGAUGUUACGUCGAAACUUAUCUAUUUAAUCCUCCUUACGCCUCCGCUCCAAUUGAGAUGCUUCAUAGUCGAAAAUUGAAGAAUGGUGCACGUAUAACACAUAGUGUUGUAACAGCCGGUCUUUCGUAUGCACUAAAGAGAACAAAAAAUAAUACUAAUACGACACAUGAAGAAUGUGAUCCGUUUAGUACUACACUUCGGUCUUGGAUCCCGUACUUGUUUGUGAACCCACACGACACGAUUUGUUGCGAAUAUAUAGGCUACUUUGAGCAUCGAGAGAAGAUGGAACGAUGGGGCGCAGGUGGGAUCGAAAAGAUUGCAACAAAAAAUUCAGUUGUGAAUUUGUUGAAGAAUGCAUUAGGGAAAGAUGGUGACGCUUUACAUCUAAUUCCUUCAGGUUUUGUUACUAUGAAUAUGAAGAAUAUGAUUGUUAAGGAAAAAGGUCUAUCAUUAGCUCAUGGCCUUUGUCAAUGGUGGGAACAAUAUUCUUGUUGGCAGUCUAAGCUUUACCAAUAUAAUUAGUA